AUGGUGUUAGAAAAACACACAAACGUGACCUGGUUCACUCCUUUGACAGCUAUCACGACAAAGGCGAGUGCUUCGUUGAGGCUCAACAAUGAUUCCCUUCUUAAUACUCCAUAUGAAUCUGAGCCUUCCAAUGGAAUCUCAAAGUCAGUCAUUGAUCUGUCUAAAGAUCUACACUGUCCUUCACAACAAAAUCAGAGCCUGACUGUGUAUGGCCCUGUGUUCAACGCCAAUAAUACACGAGCAGGACAUACUAUCGCCAUGUGGCCUGUGUCUGAGUCUACGGCCACUUCCAAUAGCCAGCAAGAAUUAGCCUAUCCCGACGAUUCAAUCCUGGUCCCAGUCAAAAAAAGAUGCGGCUCUUACGCUUGCAAACCAGAAGACGAGAAUUCGUUGUUAUGUGACGAAUCAAAUGGCUCAAAUGACUAUGAAUAUGGCCACUAUAAUGUUUACAGUAUGUACUCUGCUACAAAUAUACCUUUGGAGCUAUUAAAUAGCAUCUUCUUAAACCUACUGUAUGUCCCAAGCGACAACCUCAAACGACUGGCUGAAGAAAGGGAUCGUGCCAGAGUCAUGGCUGGCAAGCGAUCUUACUGCCAUACCGGGCUUAUGUCGCUGUCACAUCAUCUCCAGCCGUACCUCAUGGAUAUCGAUUGGCCUCACAAUGACUAUAUUGCUGCUAAAUACACUAGGCAGGUGUUAAACGAGCAAUACCCCCAUCAAUACCACUCAUGCCAGUGCUAUUCGCCCCAUCAAAAUGAGAAUAGAUUGUACAGCUGUACUUUUUAUGACCACUACCAUCAACAGCAGUUAACAAGUAAUCAAAGCCCCUUUUGGCCUGCUCCAUCCACCUCUGGUAAGGUGGACCUCCACGAUCAUGCCAAUCAAGGGUUCGAAUACGGCGACGAAGACUCCGAAGAGUAUGAGGAUUCGGAAACUCACAGCGGUGACGGAGCCAGUCAAAGUAGAUCUCAGGACAAGGAGCCAACUCUAAAUAACAUGAUGUCAGACCUUACUGUCGAGCAUCAGAAUAGUGUGGCUGGUUGGGAAACAGAUCACAGCGAAGACAGCGAUAGUCUUGGCUAUUCGAGCUCAGAAAGCCAAAACACUCGAUUUGAGCUCCAAAGGAUAAGUUCAACUAGCUCUUACUCGAAUGAAUCCGAGCCUGAGGACAGCAGUAGAACUCCCAGUGAAGGUGGGAACACAACUGAUACGGAAAGCUUUCUUUCGGAUUCGUCAACAACUAUUGCUAGUCCGUGCAGCAGUAGCAGUAAUGCAGAAACAAUCACACAAACCUACUAUUCUCGUCGCAUCCACGAUAGUUCCUUCAUUGGAUCCGCUUUCUGUACAAAUCUGCCAUUCCUAUCCGUACCUCAUAGGCGAGGUAUUAACAGAGUAGAUGAUGAUCUAGGACAAGAAGAGAUGAUUUACCAGCUUCACCGUGACCAAUACUUUCAUCCCACAACACACACAUCCUUGCGAUCCGAUCUAUACAUUUGUUCUCUAGUGAAUCGUCAGUGGAGAAUUGCAGCACUGCAGCUUCUUUGGCAGAGUAUCGUUUUAGAUUCGGAAAGCUGCCGCAUAGAGCCCUCAGACCCCUGUUUCUGUUGCGGAACAUUCGAACAAUCAAGAGCUGCUCGGACGCGUCUCGAGGCAAUGUUGGAUAGUUAUUUAGAAGUUUAUAGCCUAGACCUUGCAAAGUGCGUUCAAACCGUAGAGCUUGAUUUACGUGUGUUAAUUGGAGGCUCACAGGUGGGGAUCAUAGCUCGUAUUCUCAAGAGACUAUCUCCAUUUACGCAUCUAAGGCUGAUAUGGACAGAUAUAGAGCCCCCAGAGGAUGUAGCAAGGAAAUUUGCUGGGACAAUGACAUCACUGAGUCCUCAAAUUCGUCACGUACAUUUUUCUGUCGGAUUUGUGAUUUCGAAAGUCUGGACGCGAGAGCUUGACAAAAUGUUGAAGUUAACAACGAUAACGCUAGAGGACCUAGGAAGUAUGGAUAGUAUUGAGCACGACUGGUCUAGGAUCGAACGUCUUAGGAUGAAUGCUGUAAUCCCUUGUAAUAUCUUUGGAUACCCUGCUACACCGGCACUUGACCCAGCACAUCUGACCUACCACAUAGCGACAAACGCAAUUUCAGGGCAGGCGUGGGAGCUAAAUGAAAACCAGGUAGCCUUUGCUGAUGGGCACACGUCCAGCUCGGUAGCGCAACCCAUAGGGCAUCCGCAGCUUACAGAAUCAGCUGUUUUGUCUUCUGGUUGGUGGCGAUGGUCAAGCUUGCGCAAAAUCGAGAUCCAAAUGCAGGAUACUAUCCUCCCGCGAGAAUGGCUGCAAGAUUUGACAGCUGUUAUUGCGAAAAACUCUGCCGUUUUGAGGAAGAGACCACAACAAAUUGUAGCUUCAGGCUUCGAUGCUUUUACUAUCGAUUCGCAGAUAGUCGCUGACCCGCAAAUGGCUGCCACUACUUCUUUCACAUCCCUAGGCCCACCAUUGGAAGUCCUUAACAUUGAUUGUGAAGUCUCCCAUCCACAUAAGGAUAUCUUUUUUGAUCUCAUCCAUGCUUGGGGAGAUCAGCUCAAGGAAUUCCACUUUACAAAAAGCGCUGAGCUGACGGAUGACUUUUUCUUACUAUGUCUCCAAAACAUGAUCAGAGUCAAAAAACUAAGUCUACGAGAAUCCAGGGGCAUCACAGGCGAAGGUUUCAAUCCCAUUAGUAGCUGUUGCAGUCCCGACGGCAGAGGCAGCAAUAGUUUGUACACAAUAAUUUGCGAUGACAAAAAUAGCAAUACCAUUUCAGGCCGCGUACCCUUAUUAGAGCCAACUAUGGGUAUGAACCAAGCGUACCUGCAUAACUCCAUGCACAAGCCAACUAAGACGUUUCAAUGGCGACGCGACUUCCUGGAGCUUAAUUUGGAUCAAUCGCGCGUCCGCAGCGAUUUCUUAGACAUGCUUAAGCUUCAUUGCCCAUGUGCACGAUACACAGUCCGUGAAGUCCGCCACUAUCUGUAG